UCUCUAUAAUUUUUAACGAAAAACAUUAUUCACAAAUUAUAGUUUCAUUCUCCUUUUUUCCACAUGGGAUGGUUGCCUUGGCCUUUAUAUAUUAGAUGUUUAGGAAUUGAAAAACACUGGUAUUUUUUGUCGCAAUACCUUUGCAUUAUUAUUACCAGCACAUCAUUCAUAGCCUUAAGAAAAGGUUCAUCUAAUAGUACAACCAUCUCAAUAUCUCAUCUCAACAUUUCAAUUCCCAUCUAUCUCCUAAAAGGCUAAAACAAAUUAAACAUCUAAACAAAAAUGCAAAAAUCUCCAAUAAAAAUUCCAUACAUCCUUCAAAUUUCUACAAUAUUAUUCCUCUUACAACAACAAAAAUUACUAGUCACUUCAUUAUGUUCAUCUACAUGUGAUUGUGAUAAAAAUAAUGAUGUAACAUUCUCCUUUCCAACCUUCAACACUUCAAGCUGCAAACCAGAGGGUGGCCUUUUAUGCAUGGGAACAACCACCCCAGGAGAAGGGUUCUUGAAUUUGACCACGGCCAUACCGUCGAAUACCUCGUCGAAGACGUCGGGGUAUAUGUCAGUUGCUAGAGUAUUGUACCAUAAACCUAUACAAAUAUGGCCAGCUUCAUUUUGUACAAGUUUUUCUUUUAGAAUUUUCCCUGGCUUUAACCAGAUGAAUCUUUCUGGUGAUGGCAUAACAUUUGUUAUGGCUCAAGAUAAUAAGUCUCUCCCAAAUAUUAGCAAUGGCGCUUAUCUUGGUCUUCAGGAUCCAUUUCAAGGCAACAUCGAUUUCAAACAACUAGCAAUCGAGUUUGACACAUUCAAGAACGAAUGGGAUCUAGACGACAACCACAUCGGGGUCGAUUCAUUAAGUGUAAUGAAAUCUCUAACAUCCCAGACCCUAAAUUCAUCCAACAUUGAUCUCAAGAGUGGGAAACAAAUCAAAGUCAAGAUAGAAUACAAUGGAUACGAAAAACAGUUACAAAUUUAUGUGAGUUAUCAAGGAAAACCAUUAAAAAGUUUCCUAAAAUUCCCAAUAAAAGUGAAAAAAUAUGUCCCAAAAUAUGUGUACAUAGGUUUUACAGCAUCAACUGGACUUGCUAGUGAGACACACCAACUACAUGAUUGGGUGUUCACUUCCACAAAAUUGCCAAACAGCACUUUGAGGGAUGACAAGAAGUUAUGCAUCAUCACUUUGGCAAGUGUUUUACCGGUUUUAGUGGUGUUAGUCCUCUUGUCAGUGCUUGCAAUUCCUGUCAUUCGACGUCGAAUUAUUGACAAGAGGGAGAUGGUUAGGAGAAUGGAAGAGCUUGAGAGGCAGUACGCUGCCACUGGCUCGGCUCCUAGGAUGUUUACUUACAAGCAGCUUGCUAAAGCUACUAAGAAUUUCAGCCAGGAUAAUUUGUUAGGAAGUGGUGGUUUCGGAAGUGUUUAUGAAGGGCAUUUUGUUGAUCCUCCUCAAACUAUUGCUGUUAAGAAGAUUUCAGCCACCUCUGAGCAAGGUGAGAGGGAGUAUUUGGCAGAAAUAUGUACCAUUGGGCGUCUAAGACACAGAAAUAUAUUGCAACUCCAAGGUUGGAGUCAUGAGAACAACCAACUUCUUCUUGUAUACGACUUCAUGGCGAAUAAGAGCCUUAAUGAGUUUCUAACAGGGCAAAGCUUCCUUGAUUGGAAAACGCGGCGCAAAAUACUUACCGGCUUGGCAUCAGCAUUGUUGUACCUACAUGAAGAAUGUGGGGAUCCGGUAGUGCAUAGAGAUGUGAAGCCUAGUAAUGUGAUGUUAGAUGCCGAGUUCAACCCCCAUCUUGGUGAUUUUGGGCUUGCUAGACUGCUUAAGAACACCGCGGGAGUCACUACAAUACUUGCCGGAACCCUAGGGUACAUGGCCCCAGAGUUGAUCUACACUGGCAAGGCAACAACUGAGUCGGAUGUGUAUAGCUUUGGAGUGGUGGCAUUAGAGGUUGUGUCCGGAAAGAGAUUUAACAACCUCAUUGGGGAAAAUUGCUUAGUAGACUUUGCAUGGGAUAUGCAUGCUAAGGGUACUUUGGUUGAGUGUGUAGACCCUAUGCUAAAUGGGGAGUUUAACAAGGAUGAUGCUGUCAAGGUUUUAAGUGUGGCACUUGCGUGCUUGCAUUUGGACUCCAACUUGAGACCGAAGAUGCGAAAAGUCGUCAUGGUUUUGCUGAAUUCGGAUGAACCUCUUAUAGAACUCCCUAGUACUCGUCCUAAAGGAGUUUAUGUGUCACUCCAAGGAAUUUCAAAUCCUUUUAUUUAGGUGUAUCAUUUUGUACAGCAUUCGGAUGAUCCUUCUCUUCUUGGUAUUCAAAUUGCCUAGAUUAAUCUUUGCCUUAAUGAAGUUUAAUUUGUUCCUAUUAGUGUACUUCAUAAUUCAUAUAUAUACCCUGAUAUAAAUUGUAUAGAUGAUGUAAAAUCAAACAAACUUCUAUUAAAAUAUGGUUGUUUCAUAUA